UCGAAAACAAAUCUUGAGGACUGAAGAGUUUAGAGUCAACACGAGAGAGAAGAAAAAGUAGCUCCUCAACUCAGCAGACUUCUGUAAACAGAACAAUAUCUAUUUUCUCGCACGUUGAUUUGGGAAACACCAAAAACAAGAAUACCCAGAACACGUUCAUUAUAAAUCCUUUUUUUCCUUUGUCUAGCUUUGGGGAAGGAUAAAACGUUUUUUCGUUGAUGGGUUCGUUUUAUUUUCUUUUACUAUCUCUCUGUUUCUUCCUCGUUUCCCCUGAUCCUUCAAACUCUGUGAAAAUUCCCGAUUUGCUCAGUGACAAAGAAAGGCAUGGAUCAGUUCUUAGUUUGAAGAGGAAGGCUAUAUUUGAUCCUACACAUGUCACUCAGCUUUCAUGGAGUCCGAGGGCUUUUAUAUAUAGAGGCUUCUUGACAGAUGAGGAGUGUGAUCAUCUUAUUAAUCUGGCAAAGGAUAAGCUUGAGAAGUCGAUGGUUGCGGAUAAUGAGUCAGGAAAGAGCAUAGAAAGUGAAGUUCGAACGAGUUCUGGCAUGUUUCUUAACAAAUCUCAGGAUGAAGUAAUUGCUGCUAUUGAGGACAGAAUUGCUAUGUGGACGUUUCUUUCUCAAGAAAAUGGGGAAUCCAUUCAAAUACUCCACUACGAGAAUGGCCAAAAGUAUGAACCUCAUUUUGACUAUUUCCAUGACAAGGUCAAUCAAGAGCUGGGUGGCCACCGAAUUGCCACAGUGUUGAUGUAUUUGUCUAGUGUCCAGAAGGGUGGAGAAACUGUCUUUCCUGAUGCAGAGGGAAAAUCGUCUCAGCCAAAGGAUGAUAGCUGGUCUGACUGUGCUAAACAAGGCUAUGCAGUGAAACCCAGGAAAGGUGAUGCCUUGUUGUUCUUCAGUCUUCAUCCAGAUGCAACUACAGAUCCAAGCAGCUUGCAUGGGAGCUGCCCAGUCAUCAAGGGUGAGAAGUGGUCUGCAACCAAGUGGAUUCAUGUCAGGUCCUUUGACAAAGCAGAGAAGGUGCCAGUCGGUUGUGAUGAUGAGGAUAUGAACUGUCCUCUGUGGGCAAAGGAGGGUGAGUGCAGAAAGAACCCUAGUUAUAUGGUGGGCACGGAAACCUCUCCUGGAUACUGUCGAAAGAGUUGCAAUGUAUGCACAUCAUCAACAGCAUCCUCAUAGGAAGCCCUCUCUGCAGUUUUGGCUCCUCUAUCCUUUUCAGACUGAUGAUGGACUAAUCCCUUAGUAUCUGGUGUUGUACAUAACAUUGAGUUUUGCUUGCUGGGAGCAUGCAUCACGAGGAUAGAGAUACUACUAUAAUAAAACUCUGUUUAGCUCAUUGAGUUACAUGUACUAUUAGUCAGUCUCAUUUUUUUUUUUUUUCUUUUUUGGUCUGUAUGAUUUAAAGUUGUUAUACAAAACAAUUUAAGCUCUACUGCAUGCAAUUACAAAUGACAAUUGCAAAUUCAGUUUCCUUAA